CGUGCACUUAUGAUUCAGAUCCCGAUACACUUUCAUGUAGGUUGAUAACGUGAUGUGCGGCUGAGGGAAACACGGUACCGUGUCAUGGAGUAGUGCCGUUAACAGUGAACGGCAAAGCAUCCAGACCAUCGGAUGGGUCCCUUCCGAGAUCGGGGAUUGUAAAAAAAUAUACAGAAGACAAAAAAAUUUGUCCAUUUGAAAAGGGUACGACAAGUAAAGCGGCUUCAAUUGGUGACAUAGAAACAUUAAAACUAGCUUACGAGAGUGGAUGUGAAUGGGAUAAAAAUACAACAGAGAAAGCUGCUGCAAGUGGGAAUUUAAAGUGUUUAAAAUACGUCUAUGAAAAUGGAGGUAAAUGGGAUAGUAAAACCACAAUGGCUGCUGCUGCAAGUGGGAAUUUAAAGUGUUUAAAAUAUGCUCAUAAAAAUGGCUGUAAAUGGGAUAAAGAAACUACUAAGGCUGCUGCAUCAAAUGGACAUAUAAAAUGUUUACAAUACGCACAUGAAAACGGAUGCAAAUGGGACAAUGGUACGACUAAAACUGCUGCAGAAGGCGGAUAUUUAGACUGUUUAAUAUAUGCUCACGAAAAAGGAUGCAAAUGGGAUGUAGAAACGACUAAAGCCGCAGCGAAAGGCGGUCAUUUAGACUGCUUAAUAUACGCUCAUAAAAACGGAUGUCCGUGGAAUGUAUCGACAGCAGAAGCAGCAGCAAAUUAUGGUAAUUUAAAAAACUUAAAAUACGUUCAUGAAAACGGAUGUAGAUGGAAUGUACUACUUUCUGUAGUAUCAGUAAUGUGAUUUUUUUUCCUAAUAUAGCGCUUGUUCAGGGGAAAAUAUUAUUGUUGGAAUUUUUUUUCUAUUAACUGUGUUAACUUGAUUGCUAUCAUCAGUUCCUGAAAUGCUCUAGUAGAUAUGAAUAAGUAGUUGUCUUGUAUAAUUUAAAUAUUCAUCACUUACAUUUCUUUUAAAAGAAUUCUAAUAGCAAUAGAUAACGACAAAAAAAUUUCAUAUAUCUCUUGUUUAAGAAUAUUUUGAAACACUACUAAUCCUGUAUAAAGUAAACAUUGUCUCAGUUCUGAGGCCUUCCAUCUAUUAGCUUCUCUGAUAAGAUGGGAUCAGAAGCAAUAAUUUCAUGUAAAUUAGAUGAUGACGUACAGUGGCGUAACUAGAGUUCAAAUCUUGGGGGUGCUACAAUAACAAAUCACAUACAUAUUACAUAUUUACUAAUUAUUUACAGUAAUUAGUAGAGCUCGGAUGUUUAUGACUUUGCAUAUUUUUUUCGCGUAAUAUGAAUUAAACCCAAGUAUGAUAUAAAUUUGAUUCAUGAAGCCUAGAUUACAAUUACGUAAACUUAUUUAGCAUAUUUUUGCAUAUUUGACGUUUUUGAGCAUAUAAAUGCAUAUAUUAAUUAUUUCUAGAAAUAGUAGCAUAUAUUUUAUAAUUUGCAUUCAAAAUAUUAAAAAUUUGUUUUUGAUGAAGAUCCGUAGAAUGCUAUGUACAAUAAGUAAAAUUACUUUUAGAAUUUAGAUAUUUAUAAAUUCGAUAAUCGAUAUUAAUAAUAUAUAUACAGUAAAACGCCGAUUAACCGGACGCCAAUUAUCCAGAACGCCGUCUAGACACAUGCGCGCUUCAUUUUUCUCAGAAUUGGGUUAUCUUUAUUAAAUUUCUUCAUUUUACAUCAUCUGUACGUGUUUUCCUUUAUAAAAUAUGUAAGCACAUGAUUGGUUUUCCGGAAUACCGUUGGUCCCAAUCAAUACUGUAUAUCAAUUAUUAUUUUUGUUAACAUUUUAAUAUUCAUUGUGUAGUGUUACAAGUUUAGUUUAUUUGGUACUGUUCGUAUGUAGGUGUUACGCUGCGUUUAAACAAUUUGUCUAAAAAUUCACGUUUUUUUAAAAUAUAUAUUAUCAAAAUGCCGAAAAAUUUGCUCAGUGGUUUUUUAAAAGAGUUUGGUGAAAAUAUAUUUAGUUCUGAUGGUAAAAUAUUGUUCUGCAAAUUUUGUGAAGUUAAAGUAUCUGCAACUAAACGAUUUUUAGUUACACAACAUUUAAAGACUGCAAAGCAUGAGCAUGCGGUAAAUCAAAGAAAAAGACGCAAACAGAGUACAAGUCAAUCGUUAUUAACUGAAAAUACAAACAAAAAAAGUGAUUUUAACUCUGAUCUUGCUGAUGCUUUACUUCCGGCUAAUAUUCCACUCUACAAGGUAAAUAAUUUAAAAUUUAAAAAGUUCUUAGAAAAGUAUACGUUUAAAAAUAUUCCCAACGAAUCGACCUUGAGGAAAAAUUAUGUAGACAGUAUUUAUAAAAAUACUUUAUCUAAAAUACAAGCCGAGGUCUUUAACCGUAAAAUUUGGGUAUCUAUUGACGAGACCACGGAUGUCGACGGACGCUAUGUGGCUAAUGUUAUUGUGGGUGUACUUCAUUUUGAAGAACCUGGUAAAGUCAUGCUUGUUAAUUGUGAACAUCUUCAAAAAACAAAUAGUACAACAAUAGCUCACCUUUUUGAUAGAACUAUGAAUUUAAUUUGGCCUCAAGGAGUAGAACACAAUAAUGUUUUGUUGUUGGUUAGCGACGCCGCACCAUAUAUGGUAAAAGCCGGAUCAGCGAUUCAAAUAUUUUUCCCUAAGAUGCUUCAUGUAACUUGCCUAGCUCAUGCUUUACAUCGAGUAGCUGAGCAAAUCCGUAGUGAUUUUCCGUUAGUUGACAAACUUAUAUCGUCCGUCAAAAAAGUCUUCCUUAAAUGUCCAGCAAGAAUACAAAUAUUCAAAGAUGAGGCACCUGAGCUAAGUUUGCCCCCACAGCCAGUUAUAACGCGUUGGGGGACAUGGUUGACGGCGGCUAUUUAUUACUGUGACUCAUAUGAAACAAUUAAAAAAAUUAUAGACAAAUUUGAUCCAAAUGAUGCUUUGUCUAUAAAAACAGCUCAAGAAGUUAUGAGUGAACGAAGAGUUGAGGCCAAUUUAGCUUUUAUAAAAUCAAAUUUUUCAUUCUUAUUUUCAGCUCUAACAUCUUUAGAAGAAAAGGGGAAAACUUUAUCCAAAUCGGUUGCUAUUAUAAAUACCGUUUCAGAAAAAUUAGAAGUUGCAGCAUCAGCUUCUCAAGGUAAAACAAUAUACACAAAAUUUCAAAAUGUUUUGGAAAAAAAUUCUGGAUAUAAAGUAUUGUCAAAAAUUUCUAAGAUAUUAGAUGGGGAAACAGAAUCACUUGAAGGACUACCUGAAGUUAUAGAAACUAACGACAUCGUUAAUUUUAAGCACGCACCGAUUAACUCUGUAGAUGUGGAGCGGUCAUUUUCAACUUAUAAAAACAUACUGUCAGAUCGUCGAAGGUCGUUCAAAUUUGAAAACAUCAGCAAAAUUAUCGUAAUUCAGUGUAAUCCUGAUAUUUAAAAUACAUUUAUAAUUUUUUUUUCAUAUUAAAUAUGUGUGUUUUGUAAUAAAAUAAUUUUAAUUAAUUUACAUUAAAAAGGUAUAAAAAUUUUUUCGAAUUAAUAUUAACCUCUUUUUUUUUGCAUAUAGUUAUUGAAAAAUUG